GGCCAAUCGGGAGGGGUGGUGUGUUUGUGUGUGUGUGAGUGUGUGUGUGUGUGUGUGUGUGUGUGUGUGUGUGUGUGUGAGAGUGUGUGUGUGAGUAUGUGAGUGAGUGUGUGUGUGCGUGCGCGCGCACGAGCGCGCGCGCAAGUGGGGAAAGGGGACUCAACUCCAGACCGGCGGGCCCCGCUCACAGGUCCCGGGGUCCCGGUGGCGGUCGGAGCGGUUGGUCCGCAGGCCGCGGGCGGGUGGUGCGCCGCUCCCGCCCCGAGCCAGCGCGUGCGCGCCCGGCCCCUCCCUCCCCGCCGCUCUCCUCGGCUCCCGCGCGGCGGCGGCGGUUCCUCUCCCCUCCCCCAGCCCUGGCUCCGGGGGACCCCGCGAUGCCGGUCCGCACUGAGUGUCCCCCGCCGGCCGGUGCCUCGGUCGCCUCCGCGGCCUCGCUCAUCCCUCCGCCGCCCAUCAACACGCAGCAGCCCGGCGUGGCCACCAGCCUGCUCUACAGCGGCUCCAAGUUCCGCGGCCACCAGAAGAGCAAGGGGAACUCGUACGACGUAGAGGUGGUGCUGCAGCACGUGGACACGGGGAACUCUUACCUUUGUGGGUACCUGAAGAUUAAAGGCCUUACUGAGGAGUACCCAACCCUUACGACCUUCUUUGAAGGAGAAAUAAUCAGCCAAAAACACCCUUUCUUAACUCGAAAGUGGGAUGCGGAUGAAGAUGUUGAUCGGAAACAUUGGGGCAAGUUCCUGGCUUUUUAUCAGUAUGCAAAAUCCUUUAAUUCAGAUGACUUUGAUUAUGAAGAGCUGAAGAAUGGGGAUUAUGUCUUCAUGCGGUGGAAGGAACAGUUCCUGGUCCCAGACCACACAAUCAAAGACAUCAGUGGUGCUUCCUUUGCCGGGUUCUACUACAUCUGCUUCCAGAAGUCGGCAGCCUCCAUAGAGGGCUACUAUUACCAUAGGAGCUCAGAAUGGUAUCAGUCGCUCAACCUAACGCACGUUCCUGAACACAGCGCACCCAUCUAUGAAUUCCGGUGACAGUGGUUCAGAACAGCAACCAAAUAAAACUGAACUUGGCAAAAAAGAACUUUGCCAAGAAAAUUGUGUGCUUGCCGGAACCAGGAGAACAUGUGCCCGUUUCUUCAUGGGCGACACGUCAGACAGCAUGGAUGUCAGCCCACGGGGCAGGCCGGCCACAGGCAGGGGUUGGCUCCAUUCUCCUCCCUCUCUGUGGCAGUUUGCUCUUAACCUGUUCUUAAGCUACCUUAUAUGCACUUUCCUUCCUGCACAGCUAACUUCUGUGUCACUGAAAUGCCCAUCUUCUCUCCAUCCUGCCUCCAGCCGAGUAGAAGGUCAGCCCCGUCACCCUCAGCCUUGGUGCUCAGUGGUCCUCACCAAGACCCCGCCCCCAGUUGCUUAAGUCUGGGUGCUCAAGAAAAGGCAGAGCCCAGCACUGGGUGCUGCCUGAGCUCCAAGCAGGGAGGGGGCGAGCUGCAGCGGCGUCCGCCAGCCAGAGAAACGCGCCCGAGUCCCCUGGCGCUGCCCAGCCACAUGGGGUCUGCACCAAGCUGGCCGUGGCUGGCAGGCACCCGGGGCCGCCAGCAGGCGUCACUCAGUGUAAGGCUUCCAGGUCCGUGGCAGGAACAGAUACCAGUCCUGCUUACUCAGCACAUUUGCUCCAAACUUUUGAACUUGAGGGCAAUACUAAACUUUUUUAAAAAGUUUUUUUUAUUGCAAAAUUAUUUUUAUGAUCCCUUUAACAAGGACCUUAUGGUAAAGGCACAAUUAUUCAGAAUUACAUUUUAUUGUUUUCACAUUGAAAACAGCAAAUGUUGACUUAGUAAUUUUUAUACCUAUAUCUAUAUGUAAAUGUAUAUUUAAUCAACCAGCAGUUUGAAACUGGUUGUCCUGGUACAGAAGUUUUGCAGCAUUGCAUUAAGUAUAAUGCUAAACGUGAGGACUGCUUGGGGGGCCGGUUUAGCAUUUGUAGCUCCUCCUCUUGCGACUCGGAACAGCAGUGCUUCAUGGUGAUCUCUCUCAUCCACAGAAGGGCCUCAUUCUCCUAACAGAGCGACUGAAAUGUUGGGACGGGGAGGGGCAGGGACAUGAAAUGCUCAAGUAACUCAAGGCUCACGUGCCAAAGUAAGUGUGUGUGUGUGUGUGUGUGUGUGUGUGUGUGUGUUUUGUUUUGUUUUUGUUUAAUGUUUUAAAAGCUCAAUAGGUUGGCAUCAGUUGCAGCCAUAGCUGUGGGCAGGGCUUUGGGGGGAUUGGCACCUUCCAGUGGUUUACAAGGCUCAGAGUGCAAGAGCGCAGGCUCCCACUGCGCACCGUGGGAGGAGCAGAGCACGCUGCCAGGCGCGCAUCCCGGGCCAUGAGGACUCAGGGCCCACGUGAAUUCUGGGAGUCUUACUCAAGAGCCUUCCAUGUCACCUCCGCUCUCCCCACAGCAUGCUCCGAAGCAUCACCUGCAUUUUGCAAGCUCCUUGAAGGAUACAGGCCUCACGCAGGGCACUGGGAGGUGAGGCCACCCUGCAGCUUUCGGAGCCUCUGCGUGGCUCGGAGAGGCCCGUGGGUUGGUGGGCUGGUUGCACAGCCAGGGAAGGACAUUUGCAAACACCGAUGGUGCUCAGCUAGCCAGGUGGGUUCUAUGUAGGAUUUCUUUCUUCCUUUUUUAGCCACAUAAUGAAGUGCCCCGGUUGUAUUGGGGAAAAUGAAGAAGUGAUACCUUUCUUAGAUCUUUCGGACACAUCUGUGAUGAAGAUUUGUCCGCGUAAAACCUGCCCAUUGAGGACAAGGAAGGGAUUGUUUUCUGCCUCCUCUCAGUAACCCCUGUGCCAUCCACAUGGACUCCUUUUCUCUCGCUCAUUCCCGAAGGCACUUUGGGGCUCAUCUCCAUCUGCAGUUACUCUUUCUGGAGCCUUCUCAGUGGUUUCGUGCCUCUGGUAUGAUGUGCAAUAUUUUUGUUGACACUUGUAUUCGUCAUUCAGAAGUUAGUGCAGAUUGCAGAUUUCCCACAUCUUCCUCUGCCCCAAGCAAGCCUGCCGAGAGGCGUUCAUUGCACUGCUCAGAAAGCGUCCCUCCUGUGGUCCCGGCCUGUUGCUCUGUUGUGCUGGAAUUAUCCUCCCGCCCUUCCCAGCUCCUUGGCUGCAGCCAGAAGCACCUCGCACUGCCCGGCCGGAGCAGGUGUCCGUCGGGAGCAGCGCUCUUUCUAGUGUGGAAUUACAGACUCCAGGGGCUUUCAAUGUCAUCUGCUUCCAGAAACAGGGAAUUUCUAGUCUCUUUAAGGCCUUGAAUUGAUUUUUUCCUCAUAAAAUAGUCUGAUAAGCUAAUUUUUAAAAAGAAAUGCCAUUAAGUAUGUUGCAUUGUGGUUUAAAAUAACUAAUGAGUUCUGAAAAA